AUGAUAUCUAUCACAGACGAACAUUAUAAUAAUAGGAACUACUUGUCUAGUAAAUACAAAAUUACCCCGAGAAUAACACCGAUUAUUGUUACAUUAUAUGAUGUCAAAGUAACAGAAUUCGAAAUGCAAAAAUAUAUUGAACAUGGAUUAAAAAUAGUAAGAUUUAGAUUGACAAAGCAUACAAUAGAGGAGAAAAUAAAGUUGCUAGACCAUUUGAAACGAGCAGUGAAGGUGUUUUGUCAGAAAUAUGAAAUCUGCGACUGGCCCGUAGCUGUAUCCAUAGACCUUGCCAACGGCUGCAUUUUUACUGGAUUCCUUUCAGAGGAAAUACCUGAUAAUUUCGUUAUUUUGAAAAAAGAUAGCAUUAUUGAACUGACAAGUGAUAUGAAGUACUGCUUCAAAUGUGACGCAAAAAGAAUAUUUAUGAAUGAUCCUUACACGUUACCCGCUAUUCCUGUUGGAGCAGAAAUUUACUUGGAUUUUGGUGAAGUAGUAAUGGUUUGUGUUAAAAUUGUCAACAAUAAAACUAUCAAAUGCAAAGUAAUAAAGGAAGGUGAGAUAAAUGAUCAACAGAAAGUGUGUAUCCGUGGAGUCAAACAUUUGAAGCCUGCAUUAUCAAAAAGAGAUUUAGAAGAUAUUGAGUUUGCUAAAACUUACAAGUGUGAUAUAAUUAUCAUAAAUACGGUCCGUAAUCCGUUGCUAAUCGAAAAGUUAAAAGCGCUCUUUAAGGAUUCUCAUAUACCUCUGUUUCUUAGUGUUAUAUGUGAUCAAGAAGGUUUGGACAACGUCAAGGAAAUUAUUGCUGUAUCGGACGGAUUGGUUCUAGCCAGGGAGUAUUUAGCUUGCUCGAUAGAGAAACCUGGUCAAUUAUUGAAAAUACAACUACAAGUUGGUGCCUUGUGUAAAAUGCAAGAGAAACAUUUCUUUGUGUCUGGUCAUAUCCUACAAGAAAGUCUUCUAAUCGGUCAUUUAGUUGAAAGUGAUAUAUCUGAUGUGACUAUGGCACUGAAACAAGGAGCUGGCCUUUUCUUAAGGUCGUAUUCUAAUGAGUGUACUAUGAACCAGAUAUAUACACUUAUAAAUAAUAUCUGUCUAGAUGAAGAUCCGAUCCUUAUGAAGACUCAACAUUUUUCGGAUAUACCGUGCAAGAUCCCACUUAACGCAGCAGAGACGUGCAUUCAAGCUAGUAUUCUAACUGCAAAGCUAGUAGAUGCAAAAGUAAUUAUCGUACCGACUGUCACAGGCCAGACAGUAAUGCAGUUGAGCAACAUCUGCGAAAAUAUUUUCAUUGUUGCAGUCUCAAAGUCUCCUGUAGUCGCACGAAAAUUGCAAUUAUUUAGAGGAGUUAUAGCUCUUCCUUACGACGACAAUACGGCGGCAUUCUGGGAAUCGGAAAAACAUCCUCGAAUCAAAUUCGGAGCAGCCUAUGCUUUUAAAUUCGAGAUAUUAAAAUAUAGGUGUCCUUUUGUAGCUUUAAGAAAAGCAACUUCUUGUAGUUCCUAUAGUGACCAAGUUGAUGUGUGGAGUUUAACGGAAAAGGAACAUGUGAGACUGCAAAUAAAAUUAAAACAAUCUUUGCAAGGAAGGUGA